CCCCACGCGAAGCCUCAAAAUGCAAAAUGUCGGGCUACAAUGUUCCAUCGUGGGCUGGCAAGCCACCUUCUGGACUCCACUUGGAUGUUCUUAAAGAAGGCAAGAUGAUAGAGAAAAUGAUGAUUGAUGAGAAGAAUGUCUAUUACUUUGGAAGGAAUUCCAUCGUUUGUGACUUUGUCUUGGAUCACGCAUCUUGCUCCCGAGUCCAUGCAGCUUUGAUGUAUCACAAACAUCUCAACAGAUCCUUCCUAGUUGAUCUGGGAAGCACUCAUGGCACAUUUCUAGGCUCCAUUCGUCUGGAAGGCCAUAAACCCCAACAGAUUCCAUUGGACAGCACGAUACGCUUUGGUGCAUCGACACGAUCCUAUGUGCUGCGGGAAAAACCACAGACAGUUACCUCUGUGAUUGCCACAUCAACAACGGACUCUAAGACGGAGCAAGAAGAAGAAGAAAUAGUGGGUGGGCUGCUUGGACUACCAGAGGAGGAAACGGAAUUAGAUAAUCUGACAGAAUUCAACACUGCCCACAACAAGAGAGUGACCAAUAUUGGCUUUGAGGAGGCUACACCCAAGGCAGAGAGACCACGCAAGAGAAAAAAUAGCGGCAAAGUCUCAUUCAGUGAAGAUGAUGAAAUCAUCAAUCCGGAGGAUAUUGAUCCAUCGGUUGGAAGAUUCAGGAACUUGGUCCAGACAUCAGUUGUCCCUGUUAAGAAGCGAAGAUCUGAGGAAUCGGCUAGUAUCAGUGCAGCUAAUGAUGUGGUGCGCAGAUUGCAGGGUCUUCACUAUGGGCCCUCUCUUUAUGCUGAUCUACCCGGAGCAGGUGGUGAACCAAUCUCACCUACCACACCCACCACACCAUCUACGCCCCCAGUGGGCAUGCUGGGGAGCUCCACUCUGGGACUUAUGCAUGCGCCUAACUUGGCGCCAGAUGUGGACAUGGCGCCGCCUGUUCAGGAGGUGGCACCUACCUCUGCCCCAAUGCUGCAGCCACACAUUUCCAGUAUGGGUGGAGACUUACUGCCCAAGAAGAAGAAAUAUGCAAAGGAGGCGUGGCCUGGAAAGAAACCCACACCCUCAUUGUUGCUCUAGGGGGUGUGGCUGGAAGGAUUGUAACAUUCAUACCUGGAAGUGCGUCGUCUCAUAAUGAGGACUGGGAUGCAUUUUGCCAUUUUUAAAAAAUCCUCCACAGGCCUGAAGUCUGUAGGGUAUUAUUCAGUGGAAACAAUCUGCAUCUAUUUUCAGUUCUUUUAUUAGCCAUGUAGGAUUUAUUGUGUUCAGAUGAGAUACAUGCCAGCUUUGCUAAUUUUAGUGAUGAUUAGAUCUUCUGGAACAUUUUAGGACGAUUCUUUCUGAUUAUAUUGAAACGUUAAGCGUUCAUUCGCUGCAUUAGAAUGUGCAUUAUGGUUGGACUGCCCAACCAUAAUGCCAGUGGGGUUUCCAUUGUGAUAAAGAUAUUUCCAAAAAGGGAUACCAGAUGUCAACAUUUGACUUCAAAUAUCUUGAUGCAUGUCUAAGUUCUGGUUACUGAAUAUUGACUCGCUGUAAAGACUUCACUACAGAUCUGUAUAUGUCAGUCAAUCUGCUGAAACUGUUUCAUCAUCAGGAGCAAAAGUUGGUUUACUGAUCUGACAGAAGUCCCAGGUAUAAAAGAAGUUUGUCUUUUAGCUUGACGUAACAGGGCAGUAUUUUGUAUUUUACCUUAAAUAUGUGAAUUUCUUUAUUGGAAUGCCCUUUCCUUAAUUCCAGUCAUAAUGAUGUAAUGAUUUUGGUUGAAGAAAUAAUCAAUAAACAUAUUGUAGAAUGUAUUCAACCGAUACAUUUGGCUUCGGUUGGAAACAUUUUA